AAUCUUCUACAGAGGAAUCUGAAUUUGUCCGUUUUGUUCCAGCAAAGCACUGAGCAUCAAUAGAUCUGAGGUUUAGUAGAAAGAAUAAAUAUUUAUUUUUUUUGGCCUCAAACUUCUUGUUAAUAAUUAAACGUGGACUGCUCAGUGAAACGUCAUCCCUGUCAGUGUGGAAAUCAAUAAGGUGUGUUUUUUGCCAUUCUUUCAAAGGCAUUCAUCUGCAGUUGCCAUGGAAAUGAUCACACGAUACAACACCUGGGGGUAUUCCCGUGUGUUAAUCUACUACUAUACAGUGAGACCAGAAUCCACAAUUACAGCCAAAUUAAGAUGUUUUAUUUUGGCUUCUGUUAUUCUUUUAAAAAUGAAGGUGGACCUGGUACCAGUGGGAGGAUUUAAUUAAAUGUGUUCACAACUGGAACUAAUCACAAUAAUUCAGUAUUCUGCAGGUUUCAACAGUAAAAUACACAACAGACAAAAGUAAGGAUGAUUGAAAUACAUGUGCGAGUGACAGCUUUGUAAAUCAUACAAUAAUGGAAGCUUGUUCUUGUUUACCUCAGGCAGUGCCAUAGUGUGCUCAUGAUGUUCCAACCAGCAGUUCUCUCAGUGUCGUGUGGCGUGUUGAUGGAUGUAAGCUGACAGGGGUGCAGACAGCAUGUCAAGGUUUACGUUCGGAACUGGAGGAGGAGGAGGAGGAGGAGGAGGAGGAGACGACGUGUCAGACUGAUAUUACGAGGCUGCAUCGUCUGUAUCUUACGGACUCACGACCCGGGACUGGCCACACCCUGUUGAUUUCUGUGUGACCGGACUUCACAACCAAACCAGCAGAAUAGCAUCAUGUCUGAUUUUGAGGAUUUCAGCCGACCAGCGGGACAGGCCAAUGUCUCUGAAAGCUACCAGCUAAACCCCACCAGCGUCAUCGUGUCGGUCGUCUUCUCCCUCAUCUUCCUGUUGGGCACCAUCGGCAACAGCCUGGUGCUCGCCGUGCUGCUGCGGAGCGGACAGGUCGGAUACAACACGACCAACCUCUUCAUUCUCAACCUGAGCGUGGCCGACUUCUUCUUCAUCAUCUUUUGCGUCCCCUUCCAAGCCACCAUCUACUCCCUAGAGGGAUGGGUGUUCGGCUCAUUCAUGUGCAAAGUGGUGCACUUCUUUAUCAACCUCACCAUGUACGCCAGCAGCUUCACACUCGCUGCUGUAUCUGUUGACAGAUAUCUGGCCAUCCGCUACCCACUCCGCUCCAGGGAGCUACGAACCCCUUGCAAUGCAGUGGUUGCCAUGGUGAUCAUCUGGGGCCUCUCUCUGGUCUUCGCCGGUCCGUAUCUCAGCUACUACGACCUGAUUGACUACGCCAACAGCACUGUGUGCAUCCCCGGCUGGGAAGAGCAGAACCGCAAAGUGCUAGACACGUGCACCUUCCUGUUCGGCUACGUCAUCCCCGUGCUCAUCGUGAGCCUCUCCUACACGCGAACCAUCAAGUACCUGUGGACGGCGGUCGACCCGCUGGACGGCAUGUCGGAAUCCAAGAGGGCCAAGCGCAAAGUCACCAAAAUGAUCAUCAUCGUCACCGUGCUUUUCUGCAUAUGCUGGCUGCCGUACCACGUGGUGAUCCUGUGCUACCUCUACGGAGACUUUCCUUUCAACCAGACCACGUACGCAUUCAGGCUCCUCUCCCACUGCAUGGCCUACGCCAACUCCUGCGUCAACCCCAUCGUGUAUGCGCUGGUCUCCAAGCACUUCCGCAAGGGCUUCAAGAAAGUGUUCAGCUGCAUCCUGAGUAAAAACGGGAGGAACAAGGUCCACGUGGUCCACGUGGCGAACACCGUGCCCGGCUUCGAGGCGGGCUCCACCGAGGUGUCGCAGAUGCACGAGGAGAACGUACGGCAGAACGAAUGUGAGAUGAUUAACAGGCCGCUGCCGGAGCCAAGAGAAGCCACGGUGACGGUGAAUUUGCCCUUUCAGCGGCAGACUUGACAAGUCAUUCAGCACAGAUUCCCCUUUGGAAAAGACAUUGAGGCGCACGUUUGGACAGUAACGUGUUUAAAACACUAGUAAACGUGUUUUGGUGGGAAAAUGGGAACAGACGUAGUUAAAUUAUUCAUCCGCUCAAACACAUUUACGAGAAUAAAAAUAUGUAUUUUUUGGUUUAUUAAUAUAUAAC